AUGAUGAUGAUCAGCCAGAAGCAAGAUGACUUGAACGGAUAUCAUGUCGUGCAGCAAGACAAGUUCAUGUACUGUGGCUUCAUCCAGGACGGCAUACCCAACGGGUUCGGCUCCAUCCUCUGGCCUGACGGCUCCGAGUACCACGGGGAGAUGAAGGGAGGGAGGAUGCACGGGGAAGGCCUCUACGUCUUCCAGGACAGGAGGCAGUUCCGAGGGAAGUUCGAGGGAGGCAACCCAGUGUCAGGCAGGAUGAGGGAUGAAGCUGGAGCUCUGCUGGGUCUGACGUUCGAUGGGGCCCAGCCGAUCUGGGAGGAGCCGACGCCUGUGCAGCGCGAUGAGCUGCCUGCUCGCGUCCUCCCGGAGUUUCGGCUCGACACCUGCGCCAGCAUCCUCCUUUCGCAUGCCCAGGAACAGCUCCCUCCUCCUCCUCAGCUCACCCCCCACCAUUACAGGCACAUGCGCGACGUCUCAGCUCGGGUGGUCUGGGCUCGUCCAAGCUACGCUGACGUUCCUCUCUGGAACGCCGCGGAGGUUCGCGGCAAGAUCGUCGCCGUCCUGCGAGGCCCCAAACCUCCAGCAAGGGCCGUACCUUACAACAUCAAGGUCCUCCAUGCCCAGCAGGCUGGAGCUGCUGGGGUCGUGCUGGUGGACCCCGAGAUCACGACGGAGCCGUUGAUCGCGCGAGUUCACGACGAGCCGGCGGUCAAGAUCGUGAUUCCUGUGUGCGCGACGGUCAACACGCCGAACAAGCCGCGGGGGAGCAGCCUGCUGGUCAACGACGCGAUGGUGAGCAUGGUGUUCGCUCCUCUGGGGCUCAAGUGA